GCUCGAGUGACGCACGCGGCACCAUGAACGACGAGGAGGUGCGGCGACAGAUCACGCAGAUGGUGAAGUUCAUCGAGCAGGAGGCGGAGGAGAAGGCGAACGAGAUCAACAUCGCGGCGGAGGAGGAAUUCGACGUCGAGAAGCGUGACGUCGUCGAGCGAGAGAAGCAGAAGAUACGCGAGGAGUACGAGAGGAAAGAGAGCGCCGCGGAGAAGGAGAAGCGGAUCGAGUUCUCGACGCGACUCAACGCGGCGCGGCUGCGUUUGCUCCGAGCGAGGGACGACGCCGUGCGAGGGAUCCUCGCGGAGGCGCGCGAUGAACUCAGAGACGCGAGCGAUAAACCGGAGUACGAAUCUCUCCUCGUCGGCCUCGUCGAACAGGGCGUCGCGAAGCUCCAAGCCACGGAGGCGGUGAUUCGAUGCCGGGAAGUCGACGCGGAGAAGGCGACGGCGGCGAUGCGGCGGGCGGAGGAAAACGCCGCCGCCGCGGGACGAGAGUUGAAACUCACGCUGGACACGCGCGCGCAUCUGCCGCCGCCGCCGCCGCCGCCGCCGCACGACGACGACGACGACGACGCGAGCGGGGAGGGGGGUAGUGCACGCACACGCGCGGCGACAACGGACGUGGCGUCGUGCAUCGGGGGCGUGCACGUGCUCAGCGUGGACGGCAAGGUGGUGUGCGACGUGUCGUUGGACGAUAGGUUGCGGGUCGCGUUCGAGAACAACCUCCCGGAGAUUCGCGGGGAGAUUUUCGACGACGGCGAGGACGAGAUCGGGGACGGGGACGAGAUCCCGGGGACGUGA